AUGGCUAAUGUUGGGCCAAAAGUGUUAGAAUCAACCGCUGAAUUAUAUUCUGAAAAACCGCAUAUCGUAUUUUUUGUGGUUGAUGAUUUAGGGUGGAAUGAUGUUGGUUAUCACAAUUCAAACAUAAAGACGCCUACCAUUGAUAUGCUCGCCAGGAGUGGUGUAAGACUGAAUAACUAUUAUGUUGCUAGUCACUGCGUUCCAUCGCGAAAUAUGCUGAUGUCUGGUAGACAUGUGAUUGACAUUGGUCUACAGCAUGGCGAAAUCAAACAAUAUCCCAGGGGCUUACCGCUGGACGAGAUUACUAUUGCAGAUAAGUUAAAAGAGGCUGGAUAUGCAACUCAUCUCAUUGGAAAAUGGCAUUGUGGGUGUUAUUCGAAGUACUCUCUGCCACAUAACAGAGGAUUUGACACAUUUUUCGGCUACCUUGGCGCAUCGGACGAUCACUAUACGCAUAUGGUACGUGGCUUAUCAGACUUAAGAUUGAAUGAUGAUUGUGUGGGUUACAAAUAUUUUGGUGAUUUCUCAACAAUUAUGUAUGCAAAUGAAGCAAAGAAUAUAAUAGCUCAGCACGACCAAAAUAAGCAUUAUAAAUCAACUAUUCAUGGCAAUGAAAGAAGGACUUAUGCAGGAAUGGCGUCAUGUGUUGAUGAAGCAAUAGCAAAUAUCACCGAGGCACUGGAAAAUAAGGAAAUGUGGAAGAACAGUGUAGUUGUAUUAACAACAGAUAAUGGCGGUGGAUCAGUUGGAAACAAUUGGCUUUUGAGGGGGAAGAAAAAAACACACUGGGAAGGAGGAGUGCGAGGAGUUGCGUUUGUUUAUAGUGAUUUACUACCGAUGCCCGUGCGUGGCACUGAAAAUAAUGAAUUAAUGCAUAUAACUGAUUGGUUCCCUACAUUAGUAAAUUUAGGAGGAGGUAACCCCUAUGAAAAGAAUGAGUUAUAUGGCGUUGACCAAUGGGAAAUGAUAAGAGGAAAGGAACCAUCGGCACGUGGUGAAGUAUUGAUUGGCCUGGACGUGACAGAGAAAGCAAGCGAAGAAUAUCGAACAGGUCCCUUCAAACACGAUAAAUUUGAUAUCACAAUUUUUGCAGCUAUCAAAAUGGGUAAAUGGAAGUUACUGACAGGUGAUAACAAACCUCGCAAUUCCUGGGACAUGGAAGACCCAGACCAUGGUGUAAUAGACGAUGUGGAAUUCGAUGACACUCGCAUGGUUCGGCUGUAUGACUUAGUGGAUGAUCCUUCUGAAAGAACUGAUCUGUCUGACGAAAGACAAGAUAUAGUACACGAGAUGCUCGCUAAACUUGAUGGAUAUGCAAAGGUAGCAGUGCCUCCUCAGAUGCAAACCGAACCUCGUGUUAACAAGCAUGUUCUUGAAUGCCUGGGCCCUUCGAUUGAUUGA